AUGUCCGGCAGAGGGAAAGGAGGUAAAGGACUGGGUAAAGGUGGAGCAAAGCGGCACCACAAAGUGCUUCAUGAUAACACCCAGGGUAUCGCCAAACCAGCCAUCCCACAGCCUGACUCGGCGUGGCAGGGUCAAGCGGAUCUCGGGUUCCCAUACGAGUUCCCUCGUAUGAAGGUCCUGCUGGAUGUCUGGAAGCUCUCACCACUGGUCUCAGCUUUGCCGGAGACGCGCGGGGUGCUGAAGGUUUUCCUGGAGAAUGUGAUUGGGGAUGCGGUCACCUACGCCGAACACGCCAAGCGCAAGGCGGUCACUGCCAUGGGUGUGGUGUACACUCUGAAACACCAGGGCCGCACUCUCGGUGGAUUCGCCAUCUGA